AUGGCCGAUAAGAACGGAGCCCUCAAGUGUACCUUCUCUGCACCCUGCCACAGCACCGGCCUCCUGCAGGGCCUGGCCACCCUCCGUGCCCAGGGCCAGCUCCUGGACGUCGUGCUCACCAUCAACAGGCAGACCUUCCACGCGCACAAGGUGGUCCUGGCUGCCUGCAGUGACUACUUCAGCGCUGAGGUGACCCUGGACCUUGACUGUGUGCAGGACGUGCUGGGUGCAGCUGUGUUCCUUCAGAUGCUGCCUGUGGUGGAGCUGUGCGAGGAGUUCCUCAAGGCGGCCAUGAGUGUGGAGACCUGCCUCAACAUUGGCCAGAUGGCCACGACCUUCAGCCUGGCCUCACUCCGGGAGUCUGUGGAUGCCUUCACCUUCCGGCACUUCCUGCAGAUCGCCCAGGAGGAGGACUUUCUGCGCCUGCCACUGGAGCGUCUCGUCUUCUUCCUGCAGAGCAACCGGCUGCAGAGCUGCACCGAGAUCGACCUGUUCCGUGCCGCAGUCCGCUGGCUGCAGCAUGACCCGGCGCGGCGGCCCCGUGCCAGCCACGUGCUCUGCCACAUCCGCUUCCCGCUCAUGCAGUCAUCGGAGCUGGUGGACAGCGUACAGACGCUGGACAUCAUGGUGGAGGAUGCCCCCCCGGUCCCUUUCUCUCUCCUUUCUUCCUGA